CUGAGGGGAAGGGAGGCGUUGCCUGGCAACGCCGCGGGGACGGAGGGUCAAGUGACCCCGCGGAACCAAUGGGAGCGCGCCGAGGGUGGCGGGCCGCCCUCACGUGACGCCCCUGCCGACCAAUGGCUGGCGGAGGGGCGUGUCCCGACGCGCUGUCAUCAUGGCGGACGGGGAGCGCUCGCCGCUGCUGCCGCCCGAGGCGGGGCCGGGCCCGGGCGGGGCCGCGGCCGCCGGCGGCGGAGGGGCGGAGCCCGGCGAGGCCCCGCCCCCUUUCUCGCCGCUGGGCAGCCCCGAGGCGGCGGGGGCGGGGCCGCCGGCGGUCACGUGCCGCGUGUGCCAGCGGCCAAUCAGCGUGGAGGGGAAGGCGCACCAGCACGUGGUCAAGUGCGGUGGGUGUGGCGAGGCCACGCCAAUCCGCACGGCCCCCGGCGGGAAGAAGUACGUGCGGUGCCCCUGCAACUGCCUGCUGGUGUGCCGCGCCUCGGCCCAGCGCAUCGCCUGCCCCCGGCCAUACUGUAAGCGCAUCAUCAACCUGGGCCCGGUGCACUCGGGGGCGCCCAGCCCGGACCCUCCUCCCGGCGGGGUGCGCGUGGCCUGCGCCCACUGCGGCGGCCCCUUCCUGUGGGCGGAGCUCCCCGACCGCUCCCUGGCCCGCUGCCCGCACUGCCGCAAGGUGUCUGCGAUUGGCCGGCGGUUCCCGCGGCGCCGCUGCCUCUGCUGCCUGAUGGGGGCGCUGCUGAUGGGCGGGGCCGCGGCCGGGCUGGCGGCCGGGACGUGGUGGCUGUGGCGGCGGGCGCGGUGGGUGCCGGCGGCGUGGGCGGUGCUGGGGGCGGGCGCGGGGGCGUGUCUGCUGCGGGCGGCCUAUUGGGGCUGCGUGCGGGUCAGCCAGCCCCUCCCCCCGCGGGCCUGACCACGCCCCCAGCCCGUGGGACACGCCCCCUGCCCGUGGGACACGCCCUAUUCGCCGUGGGACACGCCCUGUGCGUUAUCGGGCGAAUAAUCCACUCCUGGCCCCGCCCCCUGCCUGUGGGACACGCCCCCUGCCCGUGGGACACGCCCCCUUCGCCGUGGGACACGCCCCGUGCGUUAUCGGGCGAAUAAUCCACUCCUGGCCCCGCCCCUUCGCUGUGGGACACGCCCCGUUGGUUAUCGGGUGAAUAAUCCACUCCUGGCCCCGCCCCCUUCGCCGUUGGACGCGCCCCAUUGGUUAUCGGGCGAAUAAUCCACUCCUGGCCCCGCCCCCUCCCCUGGGACACACCCACGGUCGCGAUGACAUCACACGGCCACGCCCCGUUGGUUAUCAGGCGAAUAAUCCACUCCUGGCCCCGCCCCCUGCCCUUGGGACACGCCCCAUUGGUUAUCGGGCGAAUAAUCCACUCCUGGCCCCGCCCCCUUCACCGUGGGACACGCCCCAUUGGUUAUUGGGCGAAUAAUCCACUCCUGGCCCCGCCCCCUUCACCGUGGGACACGCCCCGUUGGUUAUUGGGCGAAUAAACCACUCCUGGCCCUGCCCCCUGCCCAUGGGACACGCCCACGGCCGCGAUGACGUCACACGGCCACGCCCCGUUGGUUAUCGGGCAAAUAAUCCACUCCUGGCCCCGCCCUCUUCACCGUGGGACACGCCCCCUGCCCGUGGGACACGCCCACGGUCGCGAUGACGUCACACAGCCACGCCCCCGUUGGUUAUCGGGCAAAUAACCCACUCCCGGCCCCGCCCUCUUUUGCAUGGCCCCGCCCCUUCUGCAUGCCCCAGGCCCCGCCCACUUGUACAUAAGCCCCGCCCCCUUGUACAGCGUUAUUUAUUGGCUGGCCACGCCCACUUGGGGGUGGGGCCAGAGUGUAAAUAAACCCAAAAUCCCGAAGUUUCA